UAAUUGCUCUCUCAUGUGUCUGAUGUCGGCGCAGUUGCUCGCAUUCACCUCCACCUUAGCCGUCCGGUUCCUGAGGGGACGCCUCUCGGACGUCUCUUGUCGUUUGCUAGCGUGCCCCUGAUCCGCGCCCGGACGCCAGGGAGGACCAAGAGGAGGUGGUGGCUCCACAGUGUCUACGGAUGGGGAAUCCCCGUUGCGUGGACGACGGUCGCUGGCGCCGUCGACGUAUUUCUCUCGAAGGACCACGCGCUGCACCCCAAUUUCGUUAGGAGUCGGUGCUAUUUUCAAAGACACGCUCACCACAUGGGCCUAUAGGAACGGGCCUGUGCUGCUGAUGCUGCUUGUGAACCUGUAUUUCUUCGUCCGCCUGGUGGUCACUUUGGCGUGGCGGUUUCGGGACAUAGACAGCGGCCUGCAGACUGCGAGGAGGUCGAAGGACAGGUACAAACUCUUCAUUCGCUUAUUCAUCGUCAUGGGACUAAGUUGGUGCUUGGAAUUUUUAACACACUCUGAUACCUGUGCUGCUUGGUUAGUACUGUGCGAACUGGUCGUCGAACUGCAAGGCCUAUGGAUCUUCUUCGUCACUGUCUACAGCAAGAACAACCGUACACUGGUCCUGCGUUCCUGUAGCAACUCCUUGGCGCGAUUCGGCCUCGCGAGAGAGUGCGAGAACAGACAGGGAAUCACAGCGACCGGAAGGAACUCCAACUCCACCAGUGAGAAUUCCAAGGUCAGAACUUCCGUUUUGAGAAUGACAGGCAGUGCGAAGUCACCAGACGUCCCUGGUAUGCCAAGCAUAUCUCGCAAUGUGGACAUACCCAUUGCCAAGACGUUAUCUGAUCCCACCACUUCAGAAGUUCAGGAGAAUUCGGACCAGACAUCAGCUGUGACUAGGAUUUCAGAAGCUGAAAAGGCCGCACGUGUUAAAGAUACUUCAGAAGCCGAGUAAAAAUAAAAAGAAUUCUAACACCUUACACGCUAUCAGCACAGUCGUGAAUUCCUCAGCUGUUAGUCCAUCAAAUAUUAAUAUUUCGUUCACUGUCAACGCCCGAAGCACUGCUAAAUCUUUUAACGUCAUCAGCGCACCUCAUGCUCUUAAGGUCUCCCGGUAGAACUUACAUUACCAGUCGUUACAAAUACCACGUAGGACCAGCAAGACACGUCUGGGUGAUGGCGAAAACUUCAGUACCAAAGAGGACCAGAAAAUCUGAAAGCUACGGCCUCCGAAUUUAUCACAUACGUCGUCAAAACACAUCCACUCUACCUAGUUUCUCUCUUUUCCCUUGUUUUGAUAAAACUUUCUUUUCUAGUGAUGUUCAUUUGGAGCCUGACGAGACAUAUACAAGCUUCGUGUAACAUCUUGCAGUCUGGUGUACAUUGCCGUGUGCUUAUAAUAUAUAUAGUGUUGAAACGAAACAUUGAAAUAUAAUCAUAAAACCAAACUACAAAUAUUGAAAGCUUUUGUUGCCGGUGAAUGAUGUACAACUUUUUCCCCGACGCUGCCAGACGCUCGAGAUUACACACAAAUGUCAAGUGUUGCAAUGACUUAUACUCUUCAGAACCUUUAUUUGUCUUCAAAAUGAUUCAUCAUAGACUUUCAUGCAUUAUUCCGAAUUCAACGUUGCAGUAAGCAAAAUAAGCAAGCACAAAAAAAAAAAAAAUCGGCAGUUGUUAUACUCGCUUUGCCAACGUAUGGGUGACGGUUGGUGCUCUGGUUCAUCAUAUAAUUAUUCCUUUUUGAAAUACCUAAACACGCCUAACCCAUGUCACUUUGUAUUGAUAACUGUGACUUAUUACCUCAGUAUAUCACCAUCAGUCGAAACUAUUAUGCUGUUUGUUCGUUCGCAUUCACUCACAGUAUAAAGAAAUAUAACCGUUUAUGAAAAAUUAUCGUAUCGUAUUUUGUGUGAUACAGUAUUUAUUGUUAUGUAUAGCAUUGCCCUUGUAACUACUAUUGAGUGAGUGAGUGAGUGUGUGUGUGUGUGUGUGUGUGUGUGUGUGUGUGUGUGUGUGUGUGUGUGUGUGUGUGUGUGUGUGUGUGUGUGUGUGUGUGUGUGUGUGUGCUCGUGGAGAAUAGAUAUUAAGCUUUGAGUAAAUUUGAAAUUACAGUAAAAACGUGUUAUGUAAUACUUAAUAAAACCGUCUGAUACCAAAAAACUGUCUUUAUAUUCACCAUACCGACGGUAUAUAUAAUUUCGGUUUGUUUGAUGUAUGUAAUUAAAUAAAGCACAACCGAUG